UGAACCGGAAGUUGUGGUACACGUGUUAAUGUUGUGAAGUUGUUUUGAUUAUUUUGGUGAAACGUCAAGUUAAGCAACAUGCCAAAAGAAAGAGUAGCAAAGAAAAGUCGGCAACACCAACAAAUACAAAAACAAGGUAUAAGCUUCCACAGAGAUAUUGGCCAGCACAUAUUGAAGAAUCCAUUGGUAGUAGCCAGUAUGAUAGAAAAGUCAGCACUGCGCCCCACGGAUGUUGUUCUGGAGGUUGGUCCAGGAACAGGCAACAUGACUGUCAAGCUCCUGGAAAAGGUGAAAAAGGUGGUCGCCUGUGAGAUUGAUCCUCGUCUUGUAGCAGAGCUUCAGAAACGAGUCAUUGGAACCCCUGUUGCUAGCAAGUUGCAGGUCAUGGUGGGUGAUGUACUAAAGACUGACCUCCCCUUCUUCGACAUCUGUGUGGCCAAUUUACCUUAUCAGAUUUCUUCUCCAUUUGUUUUUAAACUGCUUCUUCAUCGACCAUUCUUCAGGUGUGCAGUUCUAAUGUUUCAACGUGAGUUCGCACAGCGUCUGGUUGCCAAACCUGGAGACAAACUCUACUGUCGACUGUCUGUGAAUACACAGCUACUAGCCAGAGUCGAUCAUCUGAUGAAGGUUGGCAAAAACAAUUUCCGUCCUCCACCCAAAGUUGAAUCCAGUGUUGUAAGAAUAGAACCAAGAAAUCCACCUCCACCAAUCAACUUUCAGGAGUGGGAUGGUCUUAUCAGAAUUUGCUUUGCCAGAAAGAAUAAAACAAUUGGAGCAGCAUUUAAAUUUUCUAAAGUCUUGGAUCUGCUUGAAAAGAACUACAAAGUUCACUGUUCAGUAAAGAAUGUGUUGAUUCCUCCAGACUUUAAUAUUAAGGAAAAGGUGUUGGACAUCUUGGAAAAGAAUAAUUUUGACAAAAAGAGAUCUCGGACGAUGGACAUUGAUGACUUUUUAGGACUCUUAAACAGUUUCAACAAAGAAGGAAUCCACUUCUCUUGAUGGGGAAAUUUCAACAUCUGUGAUAAACUUUGACAUCUUGUCUUGAUGUCGUCUGGUGAAAAUACCUUCUGAGAAACAAGUGAUACCAUUUACUGUAACAAGACGCCAUGGACAAAUGUUGUUUUAGAAUGUGUUGCAGCCUUCUUUGUCCAAAUCUUCAGUGCACCGAAGGGCAUAGGAUCAAGCAAACAUGAACAUUAAGACCUAUUGCUGUGGUCUAUGCAGCAGGAUACACAAUAUCUUAGUUGUAAACAUGUGCGGGGGUAUUGCUAAAUCAAUAUUCCUUUCCUUUGGGAGCCAAGUAUUGAAAGUGAUCAGACAGGAGAAUAUGACAUUUUAUGUGUAGUCCUAUCAAAGACUGUUCUUGCAGUUUAAGGAGGCAUCUAAUUGUGUAAAAUGAUAACAAAAGAUGUUUUGGGCUAUUAACACGUUUAUUGGGUCCUUAACAGAAAAUAAAUAUUAUAUACAGAAAACAA